UUCUUCCAUCACCCUCUUGAAGGUGACUUUUCCUCUUGAAGUCUUCUCUCCUAUUAGAUUGAUUCCCUACCAGGCUGCCACUUUAGUUUCUCAAUCUCCUUAUCAUCUCUCUCUCUCUCUACACAUAUAACCAAGAAUCAAUUUCAAAUCCUGUUCUUCUGUUGCUGACACAAAACUUGCCACGUUUGAAAAGCUUCUCUUGCCAGCAUUGCAGGUUCUUUCUUUUGUUGGAUACCCACAUGGGCAGGCAUUCUUGUUGUUACAAGCAGAAGUUAAGGAAAGGGCUUUGGUCUCCUGAGGAAGAUGAGAAGCUUCUCAAUUAUAUUACUAAGCAUGGACAUGGCUGUUGGAGCUCUGUCCCUAAAUUAGCAGGUUUGCAGAGGUGUGGAAAAAGCUGCAGGCUAAGGUGGAUUAACUACUUGAGGCCUGAUUUGAAGAGAGGAGCAUUUUCCCAGCAGGAAGAAAACUUGAUAAUUGAACUCCAUGCAGUCCUGGGCAACAGAUGGUCUCAGAUUGCUGCACAGCUUCCAGGAAGGACAGAUAAUGAGAUAAAGAAUUUAUGGAACUCCUGCAUUAAAAAGAAGCUGAGACAAAGAGGCAUUGACCCCAACACUCACAAGCCUCUCUCUGAGGUUGAAAAUGAUUAUAAAGAGAAACCACCCACAAACAACAAAAACAAUGAUAAAGCUUUUACUGUAUCUAAUGUUAAUGAACUGAACCUCAUUGAGCCUGCAAAUUCAAAACCAUCUACUGUCUCUUCCAGCUCCAAGCUCACCACCAAUAAUGAUCAUAGCAGCAGCAACUUGACACCCACUCCACCAACCCAAGAAUUCUUCCUAGAUAGGUUUGCUAGCUCCCAUGAUAGCUCCACCACCAGUUGCAGGCCAUCUGAUUUGGUGGGGUAUUUCUCUUUCCAGAAAUUGAGUUACAAACCCAAUAUAUGCUUUAACUCAAAUUCCUCCUCUUCUGAGAUGAUUUCUGAGUUCAAUUCUUGUAUGACACCAACUAUUCUCCCACCUAUUUCAAGCUCAAUGUUUCAAACUUCUAUAACCGUAAAGCCUUCUAUUAGUCUUCCUUCUGAUAAUCCCAAUUCUAUAGGCUCUUGUGAGGUCAAUGGUAUUCAGACUUGGGAAACCAGUGGCUUCAAUAACAGUGGCAGCAGCUGCAGCAAUGGAAGUAGUAGCAGUAUUGAACUGCAAAAUAACACCACCUUCUUUGACACCAACACCUUCUCCUGGGGGCUACCGGAUUGUGGAAAACCCGGUGAGGAAGCUCACCUUCGCUCGCUCGAAAACGAACAAGACAUCAAAUGGUCUGAAUAUCUAAGUACCCCAUUUCUUAUUGGAACUACAGCAAUACAGAACCAAACAUCUCAGCCUAUGUACAGCGAAGUUAAACCAGAAACACACUUCAUAACAGAAGGGUCAAGUACUAGCUGGCAACAAAACCAUCAACAUCAUCAAUAUCAUCAUCAUUCACAAACUUCUCAGCCAUCAGAAAACUACGCCAAAAAUCUCCAGAGACUUGCAGUGGCUUUUGGACAAACCUUUUAGGUUGGUUAAGUUGUGUUUAAUUAACAUGUGCAGAGUCUAAUUUCAAUUAUAGAAGAGUUCUUUUUUUUUUUUUUCAGUUUGAGAUGGCUUGGAAAAUAGAUAUAUGUCUUCCUGCUACAGUUGUGUGUGCUAUAGGAUUUUUCUUUUCAUUCUGUAAAUUGUCUGAUACAAAACCUUUUAGCUUUUCCAUUACUUCUUAAGUAUUUGUGAUUGAUCUAAAUUAAGCUGCUUAUGUUAUUACUUAUGAAUAAGCUUUGCUGCUCAUAUGCUUCAAUCAA